AUGUCGAACACUGAUGAUAAAAUAAGAGUUGGGGAUUACAUUGUUAUAAAAAAACAAAAUUAUAAAAAAAUACAUAAAUUUAAUAAAACAAGUUCUUCAGUAAACAUUGGUAAAGAUACAGUAAAUUUAAGUGGUAUAGAAGAUUGUCCCUACUUCUCUAUAUUUCGAAUGAUACCAAAGGGUACGAAAAGACAUAAAGAAUAUAAUUUAGAAUUAUCUAAAGAAACCGUUAACCUUAUUGAAGAAAUCAGCUUAAAAACAUCUGGUGCAGAUAAUAGAAAUAUAUAUGAUGAUGGUAGAUCACAAAAAUUAUCUGCAAUUGAGAUUGAUGAACUUAAAAGUGAAUCUGCAAGAGCUUCUGAUAUCGUAGAAACUUUAAUAACUAAUUCAAACACUUUUAAUAAUAAAACCGGCUUUGCCCAAGAGAAGUAUUUGAAGAAAAAAGAAAAAAAAUAUUUUGAAUAUAUUCAGAUCAUAAAACCAAAUUUGAGAACAAUCGCUGAAAUAUUAUAUAAGUUAGAGCCAACUAAAGUGCAGGGUAUUCGUAUAGAUACUUUGUCUCAAAUUAUAACUUAUUCUAACAUAAGUAGUGAAGGUAAUCAUUUGCUCUAUGAUUCUGGUUCUAAUGGACUGCUUGCAGCUGCUUUAUUGAGUGCUAUGGGUCCAAAGGGGGAAGGAAAAUUAAUACACAUGCAUCCAGGCAACAUGUCACAGAAACAAGCAUUAUUAGCUAUGAACUUCAAUGUUGAACAAUAUAACAAAUGUAUAUCUGUUAAUGUUUAUUCUGUGUUAAGGCAAAAUUAUCAAGGUUCUGAUACAAAUUCAUGUGAUUUAGAUAGUGUAGGUAGUUUAAAAAGAAAGGCUUCUGAUAAUUUAAUUAAUGAUAGCAAAAUACCGAAGCUUAAAGAAUCAGAACAUGUAUCUUGUGAAAAUGAUGAAAAGUAUGAAGAAAACACAGAAACAGAAAAAAAGAAACCUAAAUGGCACUUUGAUAACAUAAAUGCUUCUGAAAUUUUAUCAAAUAAAGUAGACUCUUUAGUGAUUGCUUGUAAAGAAGAUCCUCACAACAUAUUUAUGGAACUUAUUAAUUUUGUAAAGCCCGGAAGACCAUUUGUAAUAUUUUACAGUGUAGCUGAACCCUUGCAAAACUUGUAUGUGAUCCUGAAAUCUGUAAGUAAAGUAGCUGCUCUGAAAUUAACAUGUAAUUGGAUGAGAAAUUAUCAGAUUCUACGUGAAAGAACACAUCCAGAAGUUACUAUGAAUGGAUCUAGUGGUUUUUUAUUAACUGGAUAUGUAUUAAAG